CCUCAGUUCUACAGCCGGAAGAGAGAAGAAGAAACGCUGCUGGAUUUCGUGACGUUACGAGGACCAUUUCCGAACACACUGGCGGGAGUGUGAAUGUUAUCCUCUAGCUACAAAAUAACCGAGAACUUCAAACAAAACACCUGCCAAAGCAAGCUUUUGUUUCAUUUAUUUUGAAAACGAAUCUAGCGCCAAGCAGGUGUUAUAUUACAAGCAAUUGAAAUUGACUAAGUUUGCAGGAGAGAAGACGGUAACAACCAUCAGAAGACGCCACACACGUCUCUUUCUUUAGUCAAAUUGUUUAACGUUGCCUAGUUUACUAUUUUCCGUCCUGCCUUUAUCUGCAACGUCAAGGGACAUAAACGAGCUAAAUUCGACUAAUUUUCAAAUUAUUAAUCUGCUACGCUUUCAAGACUACUGAAAAUAAAUGGCUAAAGUUCAAGUGUUGAAUGUCGCUGUGCUGGACAACCCAAGUCCUUUUGGGAAUCCGUUUCAGUUCGAGAUUACAUUCGAGUGCAUGGAGGAUUUACCCGAGGACCUGGAGUGGAAGAUCAUCUAUGUGGGCUCAGCAGAGAGUGAGGAGUAUGAUCAGACUCUGGACUCAGUUCUGGUCGGACCGGUACCAGCAGGCAGACACAUGUUCGUGUUCCAGGCGGAUGCCCCCAACACCGGGCUGAUUCCUGAGAGUGAUGCUGUGGGGGUAACCGUGGCGCUCAUCACCUGCACCUACAACGGACAGGAGUUCAUCCGUAUCGGUUACUAUGUCAACAAUGAAUACACCGACCCAGAGCUCAGAGAGAACCCACCGGUCAAACCAGACUACACACAGCUGCAGAGGAACAUCCUGGCCUCUAACCCCCGUGUGACCCGGUUCCAUAUCAACUGGGACGGCUGUUCAGACAAGAUGGAGGACAGUGAGAAUGUAGACCCCUCCCCCAACAGCAGCAGUAGCAGCAGCAUGGUGCCCUCCUCCUGUUUAGCUGGCAAGGCGUUACCUGUAGGACUGCUGUCUGGUAACUCGAUGGACUGUCUGUAGAACACAGCCACCCCUCCAGCAUUGCCUUGCCACGUUCUACUCCAGCAGUCGCCAGCAGUCUUUGGCAGGAAGGUUGAGUCACUUAAUGUAAACCAGCUGUAGGGUGUACGGUCUCCCUCCUUCACACAGCAACACCUCCCUCUGUCUCCACUGGCACUGGCACCCUAUUCCCUCCAUAGUGCACUACUUUUUUAAACAGGACCCUCUGCUCCAAUGUAGUGUACUAUCACAGAACAGGGUGCCAUGUCAGACUCCUGAUCCAAACAGUCCUGUUGUGUGUCUUCUUGUUUUAAAACCUAACUUCACACCUGGACUGGUUUCCAUAGCAACACAGCUAAAGCUCAGGCCCUGCUUCAAUACUGUAGAAAUGCGUCCCUGUUUCCUUGAGGUGAGCAGGGAACCUGGAAGUGAUUUGUAUCAGUGGCAACAAGGUGACCACACUAUUACUUCCACCUGUACAACCAAUCCCUGAUCUGGGAUUAAUUCCACCUGUCCAACCAAUCCCCGAUCUGGGAUUACUUCCACCUGUCCAACCAAUCCCUGAUCUGGGAUUAAUUCCACCUGUCCAACCAAUCCCCGAUCUGGGAUUACUUCCACCUGUCCAACCAAUCACCGAUCUGGGAUUACUUCCACCUGUCCAACCAAUCCCCGGUCUGCGAUUACUUCCACCUGUCCAACCAAUCCCCGGUCUGCGAUUACUUCCACCUGUCCAACCAAUCCCCGGUCUGCGAUUACUUCUUCCUGUCCAACCAAUCCCCGAUCUGGGAUUACUUCCACCUGUCCAACCAAUCCCCGAUCUGGGAUUACUUCCAGGAAGGUAGGCCUCUAGAGGGAGACUGAGUUGUCUCUAGGAAAAAGCCUCACCCUACAGGGUGACUCCAGGACUGUUCAUGCCAGGCCUCAAUUCCAUUUCAAUUCAGGAAGUACUCUGUAACUGCACUUCAAAUCAAGGCUUUUCAAUGAAGAAUGUAGAAUUGGAUGUAGAAUUUAAAAGGACUUGAUCCCGAACCUGGUCUGUGUCCAAAAAUGUCAGUCUGUUCCCUACAUAGUGCACUACUUUUGACUAGAGUUGUCCGGGGCCCAUAGGGCUGUUGUCAAAAGUAGGGCACUAUGUAGGGGAUAGGGCACCAUUUGGGAGGGAACAUGUGUUGUUGUAGUUGGGGGAGGGGUUUGUUUAUGUCAGUCAUGUGACUGUUG